AACAUUGUGCAAAAUUAUUGUGAAUUAGUGAAUAUUUAGGUAUUUGUAUUAAAAAAGCGGUAUUUCGUCCAGCUCCAUUAUGACGCCCGUUGUAUGUACACAAGGGGCGUGGAGUAUCUGAAUGAGAAACUGGUUGAGGACGUGAGGGGUGCUGCUGAGAACCAGACAGGGUUUGUGAGAGAGUUGCCGAUUCAGAGGCCUGACUCAGGAGUGAUCCUGUGCCACCUGUACCAUCAAGAUCAAGAUCAAGACAACAGUUCCCUCGUGUUUACUACCACAGUGCAUAGAAAUCUUAUCUUUUUUCGCAAAUUUCUCAAGUAAUUCCCCACCCCGGAGGCCGCCCCCAGUACCCCAGUUCCCUGCAUCCAUGGUUGACCCGUGUGGCUCCUCUCUGGUGGUGAAAGCAAGUGACGGCAAGAUGGUGAUGGUGACCCUGCCCAACCCCCUCCAGGAAAACUUGGAGGAUGUGAUUGAGGUGCAGGGUGUGGGUCAGGGGCAGAAGGUGACGUGCCAGAGUGACGUCACGUUCCCCCAAAUGCAGGCCGGCAAGUUUGCUGACGUCACCAGUCGUCAGUGCACGGCGGGUGCUGCAAGGGGAACUGCAGGAGGUGGACCUGUUCAGCAUCUCAUCCCUCCCUGCCCUCUCCCCUGACAGGAGCAUGCCAGACCCAGGGGUGCCCAAGGAAACGACAAGGGUUACUACCUCUAUGCAGACAAAACCUAACCAACCAGCUUAACCUGAGUCGCCCCUGGAACCGCCCCACCACAGAGGAGGAGGAGGAGGAGUAGGAGGAGGAGGAGGAGACAGUCAUGGAUGAAGGGACGUCACAGAUCAUGCACAUUUGCUUCCAUAUUGGGUGAGAGACUGCAUUGUUUGUGAAGAAGACGAGGAGGAAGAUAGUUUUUCAUCUCAAUUGCACAGAAUAUUCAAUAAUUGGUCUGUUUCAUGAAGGUUGCGGUGGAAACUGGCGUACAGCUGUGCCUGAGCCUGCCGUGGACGCAUUUCCCAGCCCCCGAACUGAACGGUCAACCUGCCGCCAAUCUCAACUUCAACCAGAACAGCUCGGACACGGCUGGCCAGGACAACCACCGCAACACAGACAUGCAUGCACCUGAUAUGGACAUGAAAAUGGAGGGACAGGAGUCCCACGUGAUGGUGUCCGACAGUGACGCCUCAGUGCAGGAGGGGGAACGGCAGGCAGAGACCCGCAAGUGCCCCUGGGAGAAGCCUGGAGUUAACCGAGCCAGUGAAAGCAGAAUCAAACUUUCCAUUCCAGUCAACUGAACCUGUGAAAGUUCCCAAUCCGGCCAAGCAGGUCCCAGAAGGUGCGGCGUCCAUGCACCCCGUGAUGGUGCUGCACCAGAUGAAGCCUGGCCUGCUGUACAACACUAACCAGACCACCAGGGAUAACAAGCCUUUCUUCACCGUCACCGCCGACAUCGAUGGCAAGGAGUUCUCAGGCGAGGGGACAAAUGUGAAGAAAGCCAAGUUCUUCCUGGCCAACACAGCAAUACUGGGACUGUACGGGGUAGAAUCCACCUUUGAGAUCUCCGCUUAAUAGAAGUAGUAGCUGCCUGGGUACUGGCGGCGGUGUGCGGGGCAGGCGGUCCCUCGCACACGUGGCUGUAGAGUCUGCUACGUGAUAAUGACAAAGUAGAUAGGUAGCUACAUAGUAUUUUAACCUGAAGUCCUGUCUGUGAGUGUUGUCUUGUAUGUUGCUGCUUGCUGAAGGCAGGGAAUGUACUGAACUGGACCUGAGUGGCUUACAAAACUCCUGUGGAAGGGAAGUGAUGGUCUGUGCUAAAUGUUGCAGUCUGACGAGUGACGUGGAAUUCAAUUUUUCCACGUGUAAAUUCUUCCAGUCCAGUGUUUACCUUUAUUUUGUUCCAGCUCUGUUACUUAGUGCCAGAGUUAGAAGACUGACAUUUAACGGAAUUCUUAUUUAUGAUUUUGACGUACUUUCUUUUCCCAUUUAUUUACUUAGCCCAUGAAGUGUGGGUGCUCCUUGUAAAUGGUCGGUGCUGAGCCUGCCAUGAAUGCAAAUCAAAUGCAGCUGAUUGUGAAAGACAGGCACAGGAGAAGGGGUCAGUCACUCAUUCCUGCUUGUGUCAGAUCACUCAUCUAGUGUUCUGCUGUGGAGUGGAGUGGGUGAUGAGAGGGCUGUGGUGAUGGGACAGUGACAGACAAGCCCUACUUACUGAAAACAAAAGUGUGCGAACUCAUCACAUCAACACUUAUUUAGCUUCCUGACAAAAAUGGCAUCCAGUUUCAGAUGUUUAAGGUAUUUAACUCAUCUAUUUAUUUAAAGGUACCCACUCUUUAUGGGUUAAAUGAAAGCUGUACUCUAGUUUAGCAGUCAGUCUCACCACUUGGUUUAAUGUGAGCAGGUAAGGAAGCCCUAGAACCUGGCCCUUGGUUAGGUUCUGGUGACUUCUGGCUGGAAUCUCAGUACCUUAAUUUCUCUUCUGGUUGAAACUUUCUCCUCAAACACAACUGGCUGGAGCUGAGUCCUGGGAUGGUCAGCUGUUUAAAUAUUACUACACAAAAUGUUAUGAGUUUGAAUACAUAAUGAAAAUUUCUUUAAUGUGUAUGUAUGUAAAGGUUAUAAAAGCAAGUAUUUUUUUUCUUUUUCAAUUUUUGUAUAUAAUUGAGGUUAAGAUGAAUUUGAAACAUUGAUUGCAAUUUAUCAAGCUGGUGUUUUUGGUUUUGAAGGAAGUGUAAGUGCAAGAGGUAUGAAUUUGAAACAUUGAUUGCAAUUUAUCAAGCUGGUGUUUUUGGUUUUGAAGGAAGUGUAAGUGCAAGAGGUAUGAAUUUGAAACAUUGAUUGCAAUUUAUCAAGCUGGUGUUGGUUUUGGUUUUGAAGGAACUGUAAUUGUGCAAGAGGUAUGAAUUUGAUGAGAGUGGAAUUAAUGAAGCAGUUUACCACACCAGUAUUGUCAUUCCUGCUCCCUGUGUGUCCACCUUACCUCUCACACCCUGACGUUUGCCUCAACGCCUUCAUUUAUCACCAAUGCAGUUAGGUAAAUUAUCACUUAUUACUAUUUUCUCAUAUGAAUUCAGAAACACUGUCAGCUUAUCAAAUAGUGUAUCUGUUAAUAUAACCUUUUGUAGGCAACUUGUCCUGUAACCACCUAUGACAUUUUAGGCUCAUUUUUGUACCAGCCUCUUCAACAGUUCUAUAGCUUAUGGAAAACUAAAUUAACUUCCUAUUCUCUCAUUUCCUCUGUCCAUACCAGCAGUUCUCAUAGUACUCUCAAUGUUGAAGGAUGAUAGCAGUCCAAGGGCAGAGCUAGUGAGUUUCUUUGAGUCUCCCCAAUAAUUGUUUUCUUUUGUAGCUUGCGGUGAAGAGGAGGAUAAUAGCGGUAAUUAAAGGUUUAGUGAUUAUAUGAAAAAAGUAUUUUUAUAAGGCGUGUAUUCGUGGGAGUGAUUUAAAAGUCUUGAAACAUUUAUUAUAAAUAGUCUUUACUUAUUUCAACUGUAGUUUUCUCUAAUCAAUGGUAAUACGAAUAAUAGAAUUACAUCAUGUUGCGUCAGCCUACCAGUAACUCAUAAGGUAUCAUACCCUAGCUUAUAAAAUAUGUUAGUAAUUUAGAAUUCAAUUAUUAACUUCAACUAAUGUCCAGCCUAUAUGCUCACCUUGCUAGCCAAUUAUUCCUGCAUUUUUAUUUAAACUCACGGUUCAGUAAAAUUAUUUGUGAAAGAAGAGAGAGAGAGAGAACUAGCUAAGAUUCCAAUAACUUCAGAUGCCUGUGGGUGUUGAGGGAGAGAGCACAAAAUGGCGUCUCCCUUCCCUCUGGCAACAGUGUUGCCACGGUGACGGUGGUGGUGGGCAUGACACAGAUGCGGGAGGUGGAGUUUGUGCCCGAUGGAGACAUGCAGGUGGACAAAUUGUGUUGGUCAUUGGUCAGACUGGAGUUUACAUGUGUACCUCCUUCACCAUCAUUGGUGGACACUUCACCUUGAGUGAUGCUUGAGCUGUCAUGGUGUUGCUGGUGCUGUGUGCCAUCAUCACCCUGACACAGACCACCCUGCAGACACCUUCAUCCUGGGUGCCACACGUCGCUGCUGCUACAACUCAGAGCAACAAGAGCGCAAGCCAGGAAGGGAAAUGUGUGCAGGUUUGCAGUAAACCUCCCUGAAGGUUCCAGAGCUGCUCAGCAAGUGUCCAGUCCAGGCUGUCACAAGACUGUGUGACAGUGGACCUUCCACUCAUACUGAAAACAGCUGUGCACUGCCACUCACAGGAAGUGGUGACCACUCUAGAUUGAGUUGCCUUGAAGCUGAGAUGAGUUGGUCAGCUAGUGAGUGGCUUCAAUCAAGUGACUGUGAGGUGUUGGCUUCAAUAAAGUGACUGUGAGGUGUUGCCUUCAAUCAAGUGACUGUGAGGUGUUGGCUUCGAUCAAGUGACUGUGAGGUGUUGGCUUCGAUCAAGUGACUGUGAGGUGUUGGCUUCGAUCAAGUGACUGUGAGGUGUUGGCUUCGAUCAAGUGACUGUGAGGUGUUGGCUUCGAUCAAGUGACUGUGAGGUGUUGGGCAUGGUAUUGUGUUAUUGCAAGUGUAACCAUUAAUAAGUAAGUUCUUUCCUUAUAACUCUUCAUACAUGGAUUGCCAUACAUGGACGGAUAAGGCCCUUGUACAGAGUCAUCAGCUGGGGGUGAGAAAAACUGGUGGAGACGUCUCAGAACGCCUAACUUCACAGAAGCUGUUUUAGCUAGAGAUGAAAUGUGAAGUUUCUAGUUUAGAUCAUAAGUAAAGGACAGACCAAGGAUGUUCAGUGUAGAAGAGGGGGACAGUUGAGUGUCAUUGAAGAAGAGGGGAUAGUUUGGAAGACUGUGUUGAGUUGAUAGAUGGAGGAAUUGAGUUUUUGAUGCACUGAACAAUACCAAGUUUGCUCUGCCCCAAUCAGAAAUUUUAGAGAGAUGAGAAGUGAGGCGUUCUGUGGCUUCCCUGCGUGAACUGUUUACUUCCUGAAGGGUUGGAUGUCUAUGAAAAGACAUGGAAAAGUGCAGGGUGAUGUCAUCAGCGUAGGAGUGGAUAGGACAAGAAGUAUGGGUUAGAAGAUCAUUAAUGAAUAAUAAGAGAGUGGGUGACAGGACAGAACCCUGAGGAACACCACUGUUAAUAGAUUUAGCAGAAGAACAGUGACCGUCUACCACAGCAGCAAUAGAAUGGUCAGAAAGGAAACUUGAGAUGAAGUUACAGAGAGAAGGAUAGAAACUGUAGGAGGGUAGUUUGGAAAUCAAAGCUUUGUGCCAGACUCUAUCAAAGGCUUUUGAUAUGUCCAAGGCAACAGCAAAAGUUUCACCAAAAUCUCUAAAAGAGGAUGACCAAGACUCAGUAAGGAAAGCCAGAAGAUCACCAGUAGAGCGGCCUUGACGGAAUCCAUACUGGUGAUCAGAUAGAAGGUUGUGAAGUGAUAGAUGUUUAAGAAUCUUCCUGUUGAUGAUAGAUUCAAAAACUUUAGAUAGGCAGGAAAUUAAAGCAAUAGGACUGUUGUUUGAGGGAUUAAAACUACUACUACUACUACUACUACUACUACUACUACUACUCACAUCUUGCCUGACUGCCAGACCAACAUUUACUGUGUAGAAAUGGCACAGUCUACUCCUUUAGUUCUUUUCCUUUCUAGAAUGUGCAUAUCAGUGUACCCUGUCGUGCCUCCCAUGCUGUGUAAUGCUGCAGUGUUGAUUGUGUGUGUGUGUUUCCCUCAGGUGGUACUGUGGAUAGCAAGCGGAAGAGACCUUGGGAGACUUCCGUUAAUGAGGAGCAACAGUCACACCUCACUGGAGUCUUUCAGGAACCAACAGUCAGGGCCUGAUGUGAAGGUGUCUGCAGCCAGUGUUUGGUGUCCUCUGUGCCUGCCUGGUGGUGCCUCAUUGCAGGGCUGAUGUGAAGGUGUCUGCUGCCAGUGUUUGGUGUCCUCUGUGCCUGCCUGGUGGUGCCUCAUUGCAGGGCCUGAUGUGAAGGUGUCUGCAGCCAGUGUUUGGUCUCCUCUGUGCCUGGUGGUGCCUCAUUGCAGGGCCUGAUGUGAAGGUGUCUGCAGCCAGUGUUUGGUGUCCUCUCUUCCUGGUGGUGCAGCCUGAUGUGUUGCCUGCUUCAGUGUAAAUCUUGCAAGCCAGAUCUGCCAGCUGUCUCCAGUGUAGUAGUCUAGGGUGCUUUGCUUUGUGUCUUUGGCAAUAAAUAAAUUUGUGAGUAUCAUUCUCAUGUGAAUUAUAUAGUUUGAUAAAAUUACAGAAUGUGCUUGGGUAAACUAAAUUUAUAUAUUGGUGGUAAACAAUUCAUGCAUCCCCAAGUAAAUAAAUAAAAAAAUAAAUAGGACCCAAAACAAUAGAUACAAUAUAGAUCAUCCUCUGGUCAAAAAAAAAGCCAGGAUUGGCCCAUUUUUGGCCAAGUUUAAAGUGAAACUUGCACACACAAGCCCUGUCCGAGCGACACUGGAGUCGCUCGGACAGGGCUUCUGUGUGCAAGUUUUACCUUAAACUUAGCCAAAAAUGGGCCAAUCCAGCCAAAAAUGGGCCAAUCCUGGCUUUUUUUUUUGACCAGAUCAAUUGUUACUAGUAUUUUUUGCUUCCAUUUUUUUUUUUUUUUAUCAGGGCUAUGAACUGGUUACAUCAGAAAGCAGCUUAUUUGCAAUUUGUAAAAAGAUUUGUAUAUAAUUCCACAAUUCCACAAGUAUGAACAAGAUGAUUAAAUAUAUUUGUUUAAAUCACAUUGCCAAAGUUUCUGAGGAGGCAUGAACUGUUACACCAGAAAGCUUGUUUAUUUGCAACUUAUUAGUAUAAUUCCCUAAGUAUGUACAAGAUAAUAAUAUAUAUAUUGUUUAAUCACAAAAGUUUAAUAAAUACACAAUAGGAUAAA